AUGGCAAAGAAUAAGAAACAACAAGUAGUGGAACAGAAAAGCAACAACAGCACAACUAAACAAAGAAGACCACAACAACAACAACAACAACAAGAAGAGCCAGAGGAGGAGUUUGUUGAAGAGGUCACAUUGAAACUUACAAAACAACAAAAGAAAGCAAAUAGACAACAACAACAACAACAACAAGACGAUGGAGAUGACAGCAGCAGCAGCAGUAAUAGUACUAGCACUACCACUAGCACUUUAAGAAGUAUGACUGCAAUUGACAGUCCUAAACUAGACUUUAGUAUCAGUGGCAGUGACACCAUCCCAAGUGGUGCAGGUAGCACCAUUGGUAACAUUGGACCUAUCAGACGACCAAUCACUCAUGUACAAAAGAAAAUAUACACGCAGCGAGAGUUGGAGGAAAUACGAAAGGCCAACAAACAGGUAUUGAUCAAGUUUAUCAUAUUCACGAUAUUGAUGUUCCUGGUACCAUUCAGUAUCUACUUCUCAUUCAUGGACUAUGGCGCAGACUACUUUGGCGUGGUCAGGAAUGAGAGAACUACAUAUAGUGGCAUUCUGGCACUCUCUGGUAUGGGUUGUGUGAUGGUCGCCUACGUAGUCAUGGCAUUCUUCUUUGAGAAGUGA